ACCUCAACCCACAUUUACACCGACGAGCAACCAAACAGCACCACGAUGAUCCCCCGACUGUCGCUUCUCCUGCUCCUCCUGUCGCCGUUACUGGCGUACGCGCAGUUUGGUUUCUUCGACCAAAUGUUUAACGGCGGCAGCGGAGGGCGCCAGCGCGAACAGCAGAACGUUCCCAGCAACAGCGACUGGUACAAUCACAACUAUGAGGAGGCCACGUGUAAUAAAUACCUCUGCUCGGGAACCCUCGCAUGCGUCGACAAGCCUACCCACUGUCCCUGCGCGUUCCCCAAGACCGAGGACAAGUUCGAGCUGCACCCUGACGGACUGGCAAUCUGCCUGAGCAAGACCGGAAGGAAGGAUACUGCGGCGAGGGUGGCGAUGGCAAGGAAGGGGUUGAUGUGAGGCGCUGUGAUUGGGACACUGGUUUGUUUGCGGGAGGGUGGAAAUUGGAAUAGGCUGGCACUACAAGUAUCAUACGAAAUAACAAAUGUUUCCUCAUUGUCUCGCUAUCCAGCUCCUGAAGCUCCAAACGCCAUAAUCAAGCAAACAAACAAGCAAGCAAGC